GCACAAGCCACCCCCGCAAACGCCGACUGCUUUUUAUCGUGUUUCAUUGCGGCGCCAACGUCUCCACACCGCCCGACCGAUACACCGCCGUCCGUCGUCCACAGAACCGAAGCGCAUCGUGCGGCUUCAGUGUCGCCUCCCCUUCUGCGCGCAGCCAUGGCGUCGAAGAAGGGAAAGGACACCUCCGCGGAGCCGGACUACCACCGGCUCGUCAAGUCAUUGGCGGAAGACCCAACUGCAGGGCGCACCUUGGUGUUCCAGCUUGUCGGCAGCAUUCGCGAAGACAAGAAGAAGAAGGCCGAGGUCAAGGCCAUGUGGAACGCCUUGCACCAGACGGCGUCCUCCCCAGAGUUCAAGCGCAUCCGCAUCCCCGUGUUUGUCGACAGGCACAUCCUCAUCCUCCACCUCUCCGACGCAGCGUGCCACUAUGCCCAGGGUCUCGACAGCGCAGCAGCUGCCGUCUUUUUUCUUGACGUCUUCAGCGCCUUCACCCUCGACAAAAGCGAACAGAUUGCCACACUGCAAGUGUGCCGCUACUGUGGCGUGAAAGACAUUGUCGACGGAGCGGAAAAGUCCCUGGCCGACUUGGUCAAGGCGUUUAUGCUCAGCGGGGACCUUUCCACGUUUGACCCUGCUCUUCUCAGACAGAUGUCGACUCAGCUGCAGCGGGAAGACCUGUUCCGCAAGUACAACGUUGCGACGACGCAGCAAGUUCGCGCGUUCCACAAGAAGCUCUCCACAGAAGUUGCCAACAGCAUGCUGUUGACAAAGCACGCCCGCAGCCGUCCUGCCCGCGGUUCGUGGCACCAGGCAAAGCCCGCACACAUCCCAGACGACACCAUCAGCAAGGCGGCAAGCCUCGCCAAGCUUGUCCUUGAUGCCGGGUACUCUGCAACGGGCUCUGUAGACGCCUUUGUUGAUCUCGUGCGCAAGGCGCAGAUCACCCAGCUCACGCCGUCCAUCCUCGCGUUUACCCUUGCUGCCAUGGCCGCCAACCUGACCACUGCCAGCACCUCAACACAAGUGCAUGGCACUGACGUGUCAUGGGAGCACACGGACAAGCAGCUCUCAUCGUGGGAUCCAACCAUCAUCGUGGCUGCCGUCAACAAGCUGUCUCCCAAGUUUGACUGGGCGUCUGUGUCGCUGAACCUCGACUGCCCAUUCCCCAUCGCCACCCUCAGUGGUCUCGACUUUAUCUCCCAAGUCCUCGAGCGCGCUCACAAGGGCCCGUUUGACCUGCGCGGCCUGCAUGGCGCGUGGGCGAACGUGGAGAGCCAGCUUGCGCUACUGACGUUGGUGAUUGACCCAGCCAACGCCACAGACGAGCGCGUCUUCAACCUCUUCAAGCAGUACACGUACCGGGACAGCCCACGCGAAGGGCUCAAAAACAUCCACAACCUCGCCGAGCCGACGCUGCGCUGCUGGCUGUCCCUCGACCUCAUUGCCGCCCUCCUCAACGUCGGCAACUCCAUCCACUACGCCCGCGCGCGCCAGAUGUUCGCCCCGGCCAUGACCCACAUCCCCGACGUGCUCAUGGUGGGCCUGGCGUUUGCGUUUGCGCCGGACGACGUCGUGGCGCAGCACCGCCAGGCCGGGCGCACGGCGAGCAGCUCCGGGUCCACCUCCUCCAUGGCCUCGGGCUCGGGCCCCGUGGCCGGAGACGCCGCCGGCGCCGCGGGCGGUAACCCGCUGCAGGACGACCUCAUGCUCGCCCUCAUGGCCGUGUUUAUGGAGCAGCACCCAAACACGGCCCCCGUCCUGCAGAAGGUGCUCGCCGUCAAGGGCACCCUCGUUCUCCACGGCAUUGUCGCCUGGUACCGCAUGCAGCCGAGCCUGACCAGGCUGGAGCGCGUGUUUGUCGUCGCCCGCGACAUCAAGGCCAUCACCAACCUCCUCGACUCGUCAGACUUUGACUUUGUGCUGGAGCUCGCCGUGUACAGCUCCACCAAGGAGUUUCUGCACGUGCGCAAGUGGAUGCAGAACCAGCUCACCACCCUGCGCGGGCCCUUUGCCCUGGCCUGCCUGCGCUUCCUGCAGCGCAAGCUCACCAACCCCGGCCCCGGCUUUCCAAAGCUCGACCCGUCCCUCGUCAACACCAUGGUUGCCGCCCUGGAGAGCUCCUCGCUCGAGCCAGACAUUGUGCAGCACAUUGACAACUUCCGUACGGGCGUGCCGGAUGCCAUGAUCUCCAGCAUCCCGCCCCUGAACCAGGCCACCCUCCCCUCCCUCCCACACGUGGGAACCACGGCCACAGGCAACGGCAAGGGCGUGGAGACGCUCGUCAAGUCCCUGCCGCCGCUCUCCCCAACCCAGGGCCAGGGCCAGGGCCAGGACGCAGGCGCAACUUCGGCAGGCCAGGCAGCCUCCUCGUCCAUGCAGCGCCCGCCACCGCUGCUUCAGCAGCCGCCGCCGCCGCCGGGCCUCAACCCGGAGCCCUUGCCACCAUCACCCUCGGCCCAGCCGGGGUCGGCGUCUGAGCUCGUGCCGCUGCGGCCUGGUGUGCACCCCGAGGACGCGGCAUCCAAGGAGCUCAUGGACGCCAUUGCCGCCAACCUGUCGCUCGUGCAGACGGGGUCAAAGGCGCCGCACGAGUUUGUGGCCCACAUUGGGCCCUCGCUCGCCCCAAAGGUGCACGGCAACAUGGGCCGCGUCCUGGAGGUCCUGGUGCACGUGCUCUUCACGGACCUGCACACAAGCGACAUGAACAGCGCCGUUGCCACGCGCAUCAUCACCGAGGUGAUCAACUCCAAGGCCCUCGGCACCCACCAGCUGCAGCCCGUGCUGGCGUACCUCCUGCUCAUGCUCCAGUCCAACCCACCGCGCCACGUCCUUUCCGUCAUUGCCAACGUCAUGCAGGGCAGCCGCACAGGCCUCGCAGACUACCCGCACUAUGUGCAGCAGUUUACGGACGCGUUUGACAGCCUCGACUCGCCCAAGGGCCCAUCCGCGGCAGGCAGCCAUCACCCGCCGCACCAGCACCAGCAGCCUGACCUGGUCGGCUCGCAGCUCCCGCCACAGCACCAUCGCCCUCACCCACACCACAUGCCGCAACAGCAUCAGCAGCCGCAGCAGCAGCAGCAGUCGCGGUUUCAGCUCUUUUCCGUCAGCAACCCAAGCAACAGCAGCAGCAGCGCCGCCGCGGGCACGUCCCCACGCCAAACGCGCACGCAGCUUUUCUCCCUGAGUAACAACAACAACGCCGCCGGCAACAGCAGCAGCAACGGCAACGGCGGCAAGUCCAAAGCCGGCACUAGAGGCGGCACCAGCACGGGCGGCGGCGGAGACGGCGGCAGCAGCCUGGUGAGCCCCAACAUGGGUCACGGCGGGCCUGGAGGGGCGGGUGCCUCGGGCGCCAUGUCGCCCACCCCACGUCAGAUGACGGCCAAGCGGCGCAACAUCAGCUCCAUGCCCAUCCUGCCGCCCUCGCCCCGCAGCGUGCAGCGCAUCUCGUUUAUCUUCAACAACCUGAGUGAGGACACGGCCGCGACCGCCGCCAAGGACGUGGCGGGCUUUGUGGACGAGUACAACUACACGUGGCUGGCAAAGUACUUUGUUGACGAGCGCGUGGCCACGGAGGGCGAGCUGCACGCCCUGUACACCAAGCUGUACCUUGGGCUCAACCCCACGGUGCGCCGCGCCAUCCUCGACAAGACAUACGCCGCCGCCACGGCCAUUCUGCGAAAGUUCAACAAGGGCGAGCAACUGAGCAAGCAGGAGCGCACACGGCUCAAGCACCUGGGCAACUGGCUCGGCAACAUCACGCUCGCCCUCAACCGGCCCGUCGUCACCACCAAGCUCUCGCUCACAAACGCCAUCAAGUCCGCGUACCAGCGGGAUCUGCAGGCGCAGGCCAAGGCCGUAGAGGCUCAACCCCCACAGCAGCCGCAGCAGCAGCAAGCACAAUCACAGCAACCACAGCCAAAGAAGAAGAAGGGCCAACAGCAACAGCAACAGCAGCAGCAGCAAGGCUCGUGGGAGCACAUGGCCCUGACGGUGACCUUUGUGUGCAAGGUGCUGGAGGGCUGCAAGCUCAGUCGCGUUUUCCGGCGCACGCAGCCGUGGGUGAAGGAGGUGUUCUCGCUGCUGAACGAGGUACACGAGGCCGUGCCACGCUCGACGGUGCAGUUUGACGUCGAGCUGCUCUUCCGCCACGCAGAGUACGACCGGGACACCUUCCCAAAGUCGUCGGUGCUGGCCGGCAUCCAGACCACGCCGCCGCUGCACGACGGCCUGGGCACGCUCUCCUUUGUCGAGGACCUGACCAAGUUUGGCCUCACCCCGAUGCAGGCGUUCCAGUUCCGCAACCUGGUCCCCAACAAGAUUGAGUCUGUGCGGGAGUAUGUGACGCUGACGCAAGCCAUGCGCUCGAGCCUGGCGGACGUGCCCAACCUCAACAGCCUCGUCGUGAACACCUUCCAGGCGUGCCUGGCGGAGGUGGUGGUCUCGGCGCGCACCCGCGCCACCAACGUCGCCGUCACCACCGCGCACCGCACCCUGGCCAAGGACUUUGUCUACGAGCGCGACAUCAAGCUGUUCCGCACGACGGCGCUGGCCAUGGCGCAGAAGUUUGCGUCCAACCUCGCCGCCACCAUUGGCCGCGACUCGCUCAAGACAAGCUUCGUGCGCAAGCUCAAGGAGCAGUUUGGCGAGAGCAUGCGCCUCAGCUCGCAGCAGGAGAAGGACACGGUGCUGGGCAAGCUGGCUGACGAGAACAUGGGCCUUGCCACUGCGUUUCUCAAGAUGUCGUGCAUGGGUUCCGUGGAGCCCAUGCUGGACGACCGCUUCUACGAGGACUACGAGAUUCGUCGCAAGCAGGGCAGCGGGCCAUACUAUCAGCUGUGGGCGCAGCUCCCGGACGCCCUCAUGCCGCCCAAGUCGUCGGCAACCUUUGCCAAGCGCCUCAAGGAGAUGUUCCCCGACUUUAGCAACCCCAUCCUCAAGUCGGACAAACCCACGACACCCGACCUGACCAACAGGCCCGUCCCAGGCGGCAUCCCUGGCUGGAACGCAAACCAGCCCUCGUACCCGCCCGUUGACGUGCGCGGCACUGGCCACGGAGCUGCGCAGCUGCAGCAGCAACAGCAGCAACAGGUGGCGCAGCCGAUGCUGCAGCAACAACAACAACAGCAGCAGCAGCAACAACAACAACAACAACAACAGGCACGGCAGCCAAUGCCGCAGCAGGCUUCGCAGCAAGGCUCGCCAAGCAGGCAGGUGCAGUCAGCACAGGUGGGCCAGUCCCCGAACAUGCCGCCACCACAGCAGCAGCAACAGAUGCAGUCGCCCCAGUAUGCUGGCAUGGACCGUCGCCCCUUCCCGCCAGGUCUGCAGCCACCCAUGCAACAGCAGCAGCAACAGCCACAACAGGCGCAGUCACCACAGGCACCACAAGCGCCACAGCAGCAAGGGCAGCAGGGUGUUUCCCCGAUGCGUGCGGCCCAGGCGCCGCUGUUUGCUGGCCCCGCAGCUCAGCCCGGUGGAGGCCCGCCGCCGCCGCCCACGGAUGCGCCCACCAUCCUGGACCAGCUGCAGCGGCACGUUGACGCGCUCGUCUCCGUCGUCACAAAGGACAAGCACGCCCCGCACAGGCACAUGUCGGAGGCGCUGCGGGAGUUUAGGGCGCUGCUGGGGCCCGUGCCGGCCAAGGUGCAGGAGGAGGUGCUGGUGCGCAUGGCCAACAUGCUGCUGCGGCGCCUGUUUGAGGACAUGACGUCGCAGCUGCCCAUCCUCCGCGACGUGUACGUGCACGCCAUGCUGGCCCUGCGCGACUGGAACGACGUGUUUGUGGAGCACACGUCGCAGUGCUACGUGUCGAUGGACGGCACGCAGAAGGUUGACCGGUGGGACGACGUGGCGAAGCUGCUCUGCCUCAACCUGCUCUCCCCACCCGUGCUGGACCCGUACUUUGUGAAACUGAUGAACAACGGCAAGGAGGCCUUCUUCGUGAGCAACGUGGAGAGCAUCAUGCGCAAGACGGUCGUGGACUCGCGCGCCCUCCUCACCACGGACUUUCCCGAGACGAUUGGCGUGCUGCGGCGGCUGGCGCAGAAGCGCUCUGCAGAGCAGCAGCGGCACAAGGAGCUGGUGGCCAGCAUUGACGGCGUCGCUGCUGAGGAGGCGGAGACGCUGCGCGCGGCGCCCUUUACGGCGGCCAUGCUGCACGAGACGGAGGACGGCAUGCGCAAGAAGCCCCACCUGGAGCGCGCGCUGCGGCUGUACAACGAGUGGUUCACAGCGGUGUGGCCCAGCAACAACAUUGACUCGUUCCUCGAGCGGCUCACAAACAACCUGCUCAUCACGGAGAAGUCGAGCGCGGCGUUUUUCAGUGUGGCGGUGGACGUGUCGCUGACGUGGUCGUCGCGGCCGGGCCCCUGGGCGGAGACGAGCGACGCCGUGCGCGCCUUCUUCUCCCUGGUCUCCGCGUCCUUCUCCCGCCAGAUCAUCUCCCAGUCCAUCUUUGCCUACCUGCUGCCGCACAUUGCCCGCAUCAUGCAGAUGGAGUACUCCCGCGCCGUGCAGGCCGCUAGCAGCGAUGACGGCACCGCUGGCAUCAUGCAGUUCAACCAGCGGCCGUACCUGUUCCUGGUGGAGCGCCUGCUGGCUUACCUGCGGGCGGACGUGCACCCAUUUGACGCCAUCAACGGGUUCCUCACGUUCCUCAGCACCACGGCGCCGCCCAACAUGGAGCACUUUACGUUUGGCUGGAUGCACAUUCUGUCGGACCGCGCGUUUAUCCCGACGGUGAUGCUCGUGCCGCACGCAGACAACAUCCGCCGCGAGGUUGCCAACCUGAUUAUUGUGCUGCUGCGCUUCCUUGCGCCCCACCUGCACAAGGAGGGCCUCACCCCGCCCUGGCUGCGGCUGUACGAGAGCACGCUGCGCCUGCUCGCCGUCACCGCCCGCGACUUCCCCUUCUUUGUCAGCGAGUUUGCGUCCACCUUUGUGUGCUGCCUGCCGGCGUCUGCGGUUGCGCUGCAGAAUGCGGUGCUGUGGACGGCGCCGCUGAAGAACGCCGUGCCGGACAUGCCGCCACGCACCAUGCGCCCGCCCCCGCUGCGCAUCAACAUCAAGCCUUUGCUCGGGCAGCUGCGCGUCCCCAUGGAGGCGUUUUUCAACCAGCCAACGGCAGAGGCCGUGCCCGCGCCGCUGCUGACGCUUUGCCAGCUUGACGCCACGCAAGACACGUUCCAGCUGCUGUGCCUGGUGAUGCACGUGAUGGCGGUGCUGCAGACGCGCCACACGCGCGCGCCUACGGCCAUCACCCGCACCCCUGGCGUGGUGCUGCUGCGCCAGCUGCUCUCCGUGGACCGGCCAGACUUUGUGUACAUUGCCGCCUCUGCCAUGGCCACGCAACUGCGCUACCCGAACCCGCUCACGUCGUUCUUCUGCUACGCGUUUGUGGAGCUGUUUGAGCUUGUGCCAGACCUGAGCAAGGACAUUUUGCUGCGGGUGCUGACGGAGCGUGCGCUGACGACAGGGCCAACCCCGUUUGGCAUCAGCAUCGCCCUCAGCCACGUCUGCAAGGCAGACCUGCUCAAGAUGCCGUUUGUCAUCAAGAACCCGGCAGUGACGGAGCUGAUCAAGAAGAUCCUUGCGCACAUCCACGCACACGCCGGCCCCGGGCAGCAGAAGCAGCAGCAGGCCACUUCAUCCUCGGCCUGACGUGCUGUGCUGCAUGACGUGCAAGAUGAGCAGCAGGAAGCACGUGCCGUGGUGAUGAUGUGUUGAGUUGGAUACGCUGAGGGCGCAGGUGUGCUCAUGCUAGUGUUGUUCGUGGUUGGGUCGCCACGUCGUGUGCUGCAAGCAAAACGCUGCCGCGUUCUUGGGUGUUUGUUUGUACCGCUUCUACAUUCUGACACCCCUCGUAUCGUCUGUGUCUUCUCUCUUAUUUGCUUCGUCUGCCCCUCUUUCAGUUGGUUUCUUUUGUGCAUUUGAGCUUCGAAGGCAAGCAGCCACUCAUGUUUUGGUGUUGUAGAUGUCAAGUGCUUUCUUACAAUUGAUUUUUGUGUUUCGCAGCUUCAUGUGACCCCUUUGUGUAACUUCCUCGCUGUUGCUUCUCCUUUUGUGGUUUCAGUUGCAUUUCGUCAGGCGUUAAUGUCAUCCUCGCACAUGUAGCUCUUUCAUACACAAAGGGAAGCCAGGAA